AUGGACCUUCCCGCGACCCAGGUCCACGACGAGGGCGGAGACCACCUUGGGUCCCUGAGAGGGCCCGGAGGGCGGAGAUUGACGGAUCCCAACGUUCCUUGGCUGGGUAGGAAUGCUCCCAAUUGGUCGAGCACCACUGAUCUGGACUUGCUCUGCAAUUGGUUUUUCCGGAGAAGGCCCGUGAUCCUCCUGCGAUCUCCCAACAUCAAUAAUCUCCGAUUCAUGAUGAGAAUCUCGGGGCGGUGUGUCCGAUCGUUCGGGGAUCUUGACUACCCGGAGUUGGAUCCCGGGGCCGUCUUGGGCCCCGGGACAUAUCACGCGGCCUACCCUCAGUGUAUGGAGACCGAGACCGCCAGGAGGGAGGAGGUGACCGGAUUCGAUCGUCUCUUCGAGGCGAGAAUCGUCGUGGGGGAGACCGUCGCCUGUCGUAGGAGCCCGGUCCAUACGCUCUACCCUGGAAGGGAGGGGUUCGAGAGCGGCGUCGAUAAUCGGGAGGUGAGCGACUGCGCGGUCGUCCAUACCCUCGAUUAG